GUCUGCCAAUUCGGUGGAAUCAGUCUCGAUUCGCUGCUGCUUCCAUUCGGGUGUGUUUCGUUCCAGUCGUGAAUACUCCCACCCCCAUCUUUAUUUUCCUUUCCACGCGUUCCUAACCUAUUGUCGUCGGGUUAGUCAUCAUCGUACCGUCCGCACCCACUACUGCCUGUUCCUGUUCCGAACGGGGAAACGGAAAACAAGUGCUCAGCUCAAAACAGCAAAUUCACCAGCCCACCACUACGUAGUUCAUCGCACAACCGCCAAGAUGUCGCACGCAGUCGUCAUAACACGGACAACAACCACCACCACGAGCACCUCGCAUGUUGUUCUCAACACGGGCUAUCUGAGAACGACCGCCGGACUCCUGAAACUCGCACAACUCAUAAUCGGCGCCGUCAACGUGGGCCUCGUCUCGUGGCAUCUGCGUCGCUACCACUCGGUGUAUGCCAGCGGCAAUCCGGAAUUUUUCUUCCUGCUAAUGGCGGUGGCCUUCCUGAUCGGUACCUUCUGUCUGCUGGUGUCCUGUCUGGUUUCCCUGAGCACCGGAGGAAUAAUCUCCAAGACCAUCUACGAGCUGGUGUAUCACACGAUCGCCUUCCUGUUGUAUCUGAUUGCGUCGAUCAUCCUGCUGGUGGACGUCACCAACGGACGGUACUACUCAAGUCUCAAGGACGCCUACAUGACUGCUUCCAUACUAGGAAUAAUCGUCUCCGCACUGUACCUCUUCAGUGCGCUGCUGGCGCAACGAUCCUACCGGGGAAUCUAAGGCCCGUCGGGCUUCAGUGCUGAAAAACAACUAUAUUUAAUGUAAUAUUUAUACAACACAACAAAACAACAAUUCGUGGUGUCCAUCCGUUUCGCGUAAUGCUCUAGGCGUAUCUGAAAGCAUAGAUGUUGUCAAAUUAGCGUUUUUCGUUGUUACAUUUUGCUUGUUUUUUCAUUUGCUGUAUUCGUUUAUUACAUCAGAAAAAUAGAAUUACUGCCAAAGCGAAAGCGUUACAUUAGAAACAUCGUCCGAAUGAUUCUGAAAAUCGCAUAAUAAUAAAAAUGGCAGGGAUAACACUAUUGUGGCUUCUCGCCACAGUUUGGUACUAUUUCGAGAUUUGUUUUGACAUUACUCUACUUAUCUAGUAAUAAAUGUUCGUACAAAA